AAGCAUGAAGGAAAAACUGUCAGAACUGAGAAAUAUGGAGAAUGUUGGAGAAAUUUCAACAGUUCCCUUAAUGGAGAAGCAACCAGUUAUAUUGGGGAACCAGAAUGGUGGAUCAGCAUCAAGUCCAACUCCUGCUCUUUAUGUCCUUGUGAAACAGAGCACUGGAAAAGCUGACCAAAGUGCAUUGGUUGCAAACCGAGAUGACAGUGGUCUUGCCAGCAGCGCAACAACACCAGUAAAACCUAAAGUAAAGACCUACCUUCCAGCUGAUUGCACCUCAGGAAGCACUACUGUUACACUGGACAACAACAAUAUGUGGAAUGAGUUCUACUAUCGCAGCACAGAAAUGAUUCUGACUAAGCAGGGAAGACGGAUGUUUCCGUAUUGUCGAUACUGGAUAACAGGCCUAGAAGCCAACCUGAAGUAUAUCCUGGUCAUGGAUAUUUCUCCUGUCGACAACUUUCGCUAUAAAUGGAAUGGCCAUAGUUGGGAGCCCAGUGGGAAAGCAGAGCCCCAUGUGCUGGGAAGAGUAUUCAUUCACCCAGAGUCACCUUCUACGGGUCAUUACUGGAUGCACCAUCCAGUGUCUUUCUACAAACUGAAACUUACUAAUAACACUUUAGACCAGGAAGGGCAUAUCAUUCUGCACUCUAUGCACCGCUAUCUACCUCGACUACACCUGGUGCCUGCUGACAAAGCCACAGAGGUUAUCCAGCUGAACGGUCCUGAUGUCCAUACCUUCACUUUCCCACAGACAGAGUUCUUUGCUGUGACUGCCUAUCAAAACAUCCAAAUCACACAACUCAAAAUAGACUACAACCCUUUUGCUAAAGGGUUCAGGGAUGAUGGACUGAGCAGUAGACUUCAGCGUGAUGUGAAGCAAAAUGGUAGUUCAGAGCAGGAAGGAGGUAGUGUUACUAGUUCUCCCAGCAAUCACAGACACUUCACCGAAGAUGAUACCUUGGAUCCAGAACACACGGGUCUAGAGCCACCAUUCAGUGUGAUGUGUAACACAGAUUUGGAGAGAGAAUCACUCAGUCCAUAUCAUGAUUUCCUGGGCUUUAUGGAGACAGAUGUGCAUGGGAGUGAUGGUCCAAUAUUAAAGCAUGAAGCAUCUGAAAGUCCAAUAUCUGGCCCUUGUCAAAGCAUCUCCCACAUGGCAUCCCCACUGAACUCAAAUGGAGGCAUCAGUGGUAUUAAAGAAGAACCAGUGGAUGACUAUGAUUAUGGGUCAAGUGUGUGUAUGGAAGAGAUAAAGGUGAAGCAGGAAGAAGCAGAUAAUGUGGCAGGGGACUAUUCCAAUAACAGUCACUCCAUACUGGAGCAGCAGCUGAAGAGAAACAUUGAAAUGGGCAAAAAGGCAAUAGAAAUUGGAUUGCAGAAGCGACCACAGACCAGCCAAUUGGGUGUUGCCAAAGCAAAAAUGUUAAAAUUGGAUAGCGGAAAGAUGCCUGUAGUUUACCUAGAGCCCUGUGCAGUCACCAGGAAUACCAUAAAGGUCUCUACUCUUUCACAGGCCCUGUUGUCACCUACAAAGAUUGACGAAUCUCCUUUGAGUGAUUCAGCGGAUUCUUUGCCUACUUGUUUUGAAAAUAAUAGUAUCUCUAGCCCAUUUGCAGCUAUGGAAACGGAGCACAUACCAACUGGAAAACAGUUACCUGAAAGUUUGACACAGAAAUGUUCUUCGGUAAGAGAGAUGCUGUGGAAAAAUACUGAAACAUGUAGCAGCCUCACCAUAACAAAGAAAGUUUCCAGCUGUAGUCUCAAGACCACCGCAUACAGUGGCCCUUCUUUAGCUAAAGUUAUCUCUGCUGGGGGAAAGACGAAUGCACUGAAGAGUAACAUUUUCUUUAAGAAUAUUGUUGGUAACCAAAACGCUGAGUUGCCUGCCCCACGUAAAAGAGGAAGACCACGGAAAGUAAAGUUCCCUGGAGUUGGAAGGCCACCAAAAUAUACUGGAAAGUCAAUCAAAACAAGUAAUUAUGCCUCUUUGGGCCCUGGCAAUACCCAUUUGGAUGUUAAGCCUGAUCUUGAGGCCGUGGAUGGAGUGCUCUUUGUAUCCUUUGCUUCCAAGGAAGCCCUGGAUAUCCACACUGUUGAUAGAACUGAAGAAAAAGAAUUGCAGAAUAAACAGACACCUUCACUGGCUACAUGUGAUCCAUGUAUUGAUCCAGAUGCUCAAAGGAUACAACAGCUGGAAAAAGAAUUGUUGGAAGAUUUGAAGUUUUUUAAGUACAAGCAAGUGAUACAUCCUAGUCUUCGAGAAGUGGGACUAAAGCUGAAUUUUGUUGACCCAACAAUGAGCAUUGAUCUAAAAUAUUUGGGUGUGCAGCUGCCACUGAGUUAUUCGGAUGACUACACUUUGUGGAAAAACAUGGUGACCAAUUCCAGUUCUACUGAUAGUGGACUUCCCUUUGUUUCCAGGACUGGGAAGACAAAUGACUUCACAAAAAUAAAGGGAUGGCGAGGAAAGUUGCAUACUUCUUCAAAAAAUGAAGGUAUCGUUUUAGAAGGCUCCUUGAAGAACAGAUCUGCAUUUUGUAGUGACAAACUUGAUGAAUACUUGGAAAAUGAAGGGAAGCUGAUGGAAACAAGUACGGGAUUCUCUCCUAGCACGUCCAGUUGUCCUGUGGUUUAUCAGCUUCCAACUAAAAGCACCAGCUACGUACGGACACUCGAUAGUGUUCUAAAAAAGCAAUCCACUGUUACAACUUCUUCCAGCUCUUAUACUUUCAAGCCUCUCUCUGUGCCUUCUGUCUCUAGAAAGAAGAGAGAGAAAGUUAAGAAUAAAAAGCAAGCAGUCUCCAGAAGCAAAGAAAAGUCACCCCACAAGCCUAUAAUAGCUUUACCUGUUGUAACAAAGCAGAAACAAAACUUACCAGUCCUGGAAGAGAAAGUCACUAAGUCUCAGCCAAGUAGUCAAGUAGCUAGUGAGAUAAAUGCUCUCACGGUGCCAGGUAUAGAUGAAAAUGUGCAGGGGAAACAGGUCACUGUGCGUCAGGCGCAACAGCAGCAGCAGAGCAGUCGUCUGCCAAGUUUAUCCAAGAUUCAGUUGAAGCUGAUGGACUUGGAGGAUUGUGCAUUGUGGGAUGGGAAGCCACGGACCUAUAUUACUGAAGAGCGAGCAGACUUAUGUCUGACAACUUUACUCACUGCUCAGGCUUCGCUCAAAAACAAACCUAUCCACAAAAUAAUCAAAAGACGAGCACCACCGUGCAACAAUGACUUUUGCCGGCUUGGAUGUAUUUGUUCUAGUUUAGCUCUUGAGAAACGCCAACCUGCACACUGCCGCAAACCAGACUGCAUGUUUGGCUGCACUUGCCUAAAAAGAAAGGUGGUCCUAGUUAAAGGAGGUUCCAAGCACAAGAAGUUCCUGCAUGGAAGGCAUAGGCUAUAUCGUGGCAAAAGACUGGAACAACAGGAGGUGGUGGUAGAAAAAGAGGACGAGCAAGAGAAACUGAAAAUAAAAGAUAAGAGGAGAAAAACAAAGGUGGAAUAUACUAUCUGUGAUACAGAGCCAGAAAAGCCUGUUAAGAAUUUUCCAUUGUGGGUAAAAGUAGAUGGUGAGACGGACCCAGAGCCAGUUUACAUUCCAACACCAUCAGCGGUUGAACCAACAAAGCCUCUGAUGCCACCUGUCUCAGAAGUCUUAACAUCUGAUAACAAAUCUGCAGCCAGCGAAGUCAAGCAUGCGACCAGUGGAGUCAAGUCAUCUCGAGUGUAUACACCUAGACCCAAUCCAGUGAUUCGAGAGGAGGAUAAGGACCCUGUCUAUUUAUAUUUUGAAAGAAUGAUGACUUGUGCUCGUGUUCGAAUAUAUGAGCGCAAGACAAAGGAGAAAAGGCAGCAGCAAAAGUGCCCUUGGAAUUCUGAAAAGCGCAUUGAAAAGGAGAAUGAUUCUGAGCCUCAAUCCCUUAAAAUUGAAGAGGAUAAGGAGCCUGGGGAGAAAAGCUGGUGGUUUUCCUGCAGUGCUGGGGAUCCAUCCACUUCUUAUGUGCAUCAUACCACUCCAGGUGGAAGAACCAAACUAAUUGAAAUUGUUUCUGAUUGCAACUGGGAGGAGGAGCGCAAUGAGAUCUUGAACGUCUUAUCGCAGCACAUCAAGAGUAAGAUGCCUAAGUCCCUCAAAGUAGGAAAUUUUGUUAUUGAUCUAGAAUCUGAAACCAAAACCUGGGAUGAGAAGAACACUCCCAUCUAUUCUUCCCGAGUGAAAAUCUCCAUGCUAUCCUGCCAAAACAAGAGCGAAAAGGCUCACGCCUCUGUUUUGGAGGCUCCUAAUACUAGAUUGUCACCGUGCAAAAGGACAGAAACAAUCACAUUCUUAACACCUGGCAUGUUACGGGAACAGAGGAAGAAAGGCUUACCUUUUUAUGCUGGGCUUUCUCCUGCAGGAAAGCUGAUUGCCUACACAUGCAAAUAUGAUUUGAAUCCUUCAUGUUUGAUUCAGGUUAAUGGUAAGAAUUAUCCUCAAGCCAAACUUCUUUUGGGACAGAUGGGAGCAUUGCAUCCAGCCAGUCGGCUAGCUGCUUAUCUCACAGGCAGGCUGCGACCAACAAUGCUUGACCUCUCAACGAUCAGUACAGUGAUUUCCAAGGUAGCAUCCAAUGCUAAGGUUACUUCUUCUGAACCACAGUCAACUGAUGUGUCUACAUCAGAAACUUCCAAUGCUUCAUUUUCCACUGAAACUACAUCACCAUCCGCUGUAACAGCACCAAAUGUUCAUGCCUCAACACGGAGACAGAUAGCUGCUCAGCCAUUACUGGAUAGUGUGACCUCUCAAUUGGUUAUGAGUGCAGUUGGGGCUCUACAACAGAAGAUUCCUGGAAUUCGAACACCCCAACCUCUGACAGGCCCACAGAAAUUUAAUAUCAAAGCUACAUCAAUCUCUUCCGGGACAACUACAGUUAUUUCUGCUGGUGCUGCUACUCUGGCAUCACUUCCUGUAACUAUUAGUCCUUCAAAGUGUAACACAGCUACCAACCCUUCUGGCAUUGCUCUAGCAAGUGCUGUUGGAAAACCAGAAAAUACCAUCGCUACUACCACAGCUACGGUUAAAAUAACAAAAUCAACUGGAAUAGCUGCACCACUUGCAACCAUUGCUUUUGCGAAGUCUGUAGCAGCCCCAUCGACUCCAAUUUCUACAACAUCUCUGCCUGCACUCUUAAGCACAACUACAUCUACAGCCACGGUGACCACAGCGCCUUCAUCAGCUGGUUGUGUUGGUCCUGGACCGUCAGGAAUUCCUACAAGUCCUUUAUCAAAUCAGAAAUCGGGUGCCACAAGUCCUCCAGGGUUGCCUCCUGGAGCAGAGAAACGUAUGGGACCACGACUGCUUUUGAUUCCAGUACAUCAAGGUUCUCCCACUUUACGACCUCCACAAAACAUGCAACUUACUCCAGGGAAGAAAAUGAUUUUGCAGCCUCUAAGGAAUCCUGGUGGUGUGAAUCUCUAUCGACAUCCCAAUGGACAGAUUAUCCAGCUUGUUCCUUUGCAUCAGCUCCAACCUGCAGGACCUCAGCCCGGUUUGCCAUCGGUAAUGUUCCGUAAUCCAGGAUCUGUUGUGGGAAUCCGGUUGCCUGGACCUUCUAAGCCUCCUGAGACAUCUGUAUGUCAAUCAUCCAUGACCCCAACUACCACGGCUUCUUCAGACUCGCCCAUGACUCCUCCUGCCUUGCCUACAUCCCCAACCACAGAGGCCACUGGAACCUCAACCACCACAGCGACCUCUACCACUGAGGCCACUUUCAUGUUGUCUGUUCCCCCUGCUGUCUUGUCCAUGUCCCCUUCUGCUGACGUUACUUCAGUUUUAUCCAUGUCCUCUACUGCAGACAGUUCUUUAUUGCCCAUGCCCACUUCUGCUACACCUGUACCCCCUAUUGCUGAAGCUGUGCUUCCUACCACUGAUGCUUCUUUGGUGUUGCCCUUGUCCCCUAUCACUGAAGCUCCUUCCAUUUUGUCAGUGCCCUGUACUACUGAAGUUCCUUCAGAUUUGUCUAUGCCCUUUUCUGUUGCAACCAUGCCUGUUACCAGUGAGGCCUCUUCAGUCUUGACUGCUCCCUCUACUGCUGAUGCUCCUUUGGUGUUGCCUUUGCCUUCUUCUGCUUUGCCCGCAUCUCAAACCACUGAGGCUCCUUCUGCUUUGCCCACAUCUCCUACCACAAACUGGACGUUGCAGGCAAUUAGAUCGGUAUCUGCACUUUCUAUUUCAGCUCCUCAAGCAGCACCUGUCAUUCCUCAAGCACCUGUACCUGUCUCCCAAACUGGCACAUUGACUCUGAGAAUUUCUCCAGCAGGAAUAAAAAGCAUUUCUACUCAGACGAGUUCAAAUUCUAAAAUAGCAUGCAGCACUAGUGGACAACCAAACAGUGCAGAAAAUCUAAUAGCUUUUCAGUCUGGCAGUUUUGCCUUGCUUCAGUUUCCAGGGGAGAAUGUUUCAAGUUCCACUGUGAAACAAGAUGCCCCCCUUGAUGUUAAGUACACAUAUGAGAAAAGUGAGUUCAGUGCCAUAACGGUAGAAGAAAAGACAACAUGCUCACAAACAGUAGAAGCCAUGGUGUCAGAAACUGAAAUGUCUGAUCCCAAGUCAGAAGAAAUUAAGCUGUCAGAAAGUCAGCCAGAGUUCCGUUCUGAAGCAAUUACAUGUGACAGGAAUGCUAUUACAUUAGAGAUCGCUGAGAAGGAUACAGAAAUCUUAGAGCAAUUAUCAAGGGAUGUUCCCAUCUCAGAGCCUGUUGCAUCAUUGUCCCCUAUCAAUGAGAAACAAACAUGUGAGGAAAAUGAAGUGAUGGUUAAGAAAAAACAGGAUGUUAAACUUCCUGAAGACAACCUAGACGAAGUUUCAUUUCGUUCUGAGACUGUUCCCGAGAGAUGCAGUCAAACUGCAGUCCAUGGGCAUGAUACAUUACAAGAGCAGAAAAUCACACAGUUAGAGAGUUCAAAUGAGGAGCAAACACAUUCUGAUCAAAUACAAAGUGCAGCUGCUGAUUCAGAAGAAGCUGAACAGAUACAGUUAGAAACAGAAGAGCAAAUCAUUGAGCAGUCCUGGAAACCAGGGGAUAAGCCCAAGGUGCACAUGAAUUGUACAGAAAAGCUGCAGGAAAAGACUACAUCUUCUCUGAGUACAUGGGGAAAACAAGAUCCAGGACCCCUAGAAAGGAAAAUGAAGCAAAGGAGUGACUCUGUGGCAACUUUGAAGAACAGAGAAGAAGUGAAAGGGAAGCCUAAGAUCACUAGUGCAAAGAAUCAAAAUAAUGAACCAGGAAAUAAAUAUUUGGAUAGCACUCAAGAAAUUUUAUCUAAAAGAAGGCUUGGUUUCCAGGACAAUUCUAACAGUUCUAAACAUAAAAAAGGUGCUAGUGGUAUUCAGGAAGAGAAGCAAUCUGUUAAAGAUGAGCUUGUUCAAGUCAUCAGAACUUGGAACAAAAUAUCCAGGCAGGCAGUUGCUUUCGAAAACAAAAUUAGCAUGUGUGGUGAUGAGCUUGUGGAAAAAUUUGCUGAAUGCGUAGAACAGAAUACAGUGAAAACCAGCCAUCGCAAAAAGGAUUCUCCACCCAUUAUUGAUAUUACUAUGGAUGAUACAGAAAAAGAUGAAAAAACAGAUGAUUCUGCAGACGAGAUGGUUGAUGAAGUAUCUGGCUAUCAAAGUGAAGAUAUAGUGAAUGUUGAAACACUGAAUGAAAGUGAAUCCAGUGAAGCUGAGGAAAAUGUAGACAUUGAGACUGUGGAGGAACUUUCAGAGAAAAUUAAUAUUGCUCGCUUGAAGGCUACAGCUACCCAUGCCCUGCUGUCCAAACAAUUGAACCUUGUUCGUGACCAUUCUAAUAAGAUAAUGGCCAAGACUUCUAAGCAAUCUGAGUCCUCAAACAAAAAGCCAAAGAAUGAGGAAGAAGCCUUUGCUAACUACCGGCAAACACAUACAGCAAAUGAACGUCGCCGUCGUAAGGAAAUGAGGGGACUCUUUGAAAAACUGAAGGCGACUUUGGGAUUACACACUGUCCCCAAAGUUUCCAAGUGCUUUAUUCUCAAACAAGCUUUUGAAGAGAUCCAGGGGCUAACAGAUCAGGCAGAUAAACUCACAGGUCAGAAGAACUUGUUAAUGCGCAAGCAAGACACCCUGAUUCGUAAAGUUUCUGCACUUUCAGGCAAGACGCAGGAAGUAGUCUUGAAGAAGCUAGAAUAUAUUUAUGCCAAGCAGAAAGCAGUAGAAGCACAAAAAAAGAAGCGCCAUCAACAAGUAGAACCCACGAAGACUGUUGAAACUACAGAAACUGCUGGGCCUUCUGUGGAAAGCAGCCCCCCUUCUGUCCUUACAGAUACGAAACCCGUGAUCUUGUCCAACAAGCGUACAAAACCAUUGAUACUUUCCAGGAAAGGAAGCCGUGUCACAGAAGAUGCACCUUCUCCUGUGACGUUAACAAAUGCUAGCCUAGUAAUGACUGCAAAUGGCCAAGUCCUUGCUUUCAAAAGUCCCCUGGUACCAGGACAGGUUGCUACCCUGCCUUCUACUCUCCUGCAAGCUGAAGUCAAAUCAGAAAUUGACAGCAGUAAUGGGACAACGCAGCCAGGUAUUGCUUCUGUGAUGAUUCAGUUGCCAGGCUCCGCAAUGCCGGUGCAAGUGAAAGGCAUCCUCCCUACCUCUACAAUUCCCAUUACCGUAUCUGCUGUGGCCAGUAACUCUCCUUCUCCAGUUGUAGAAACUGCUCCAGAGCUCACUUCAGAAAAUGAAGACUCAUUUAUGAUGCCAAGGAUAGUAAAUGUGACGUCACUAGCUACUGAAGAAGAUACAAAUUUAAACCUGGUUGUAGAUAAGAAUCCUUAUGUAACUGUGGAUGCGGAUUCCCAGACAACUAAACCUUCCUUGCAAGUGGUAUCGCAGAAAACAACUGAUCAGUCUGAAGAAAAAGCUGAAACGUCUUUUGGAAAAGAGAGAAAUGCCACUGGAACAGCCCAAGAUUUUCCGCAAAUAGUAAAUGUCUCCAGUUUAAAGGGAUCCCUAGAAACAUUUUCAACAAAACACUGUGUUGAAGAAUUAGCUGGAAGCCAGGCAAGAGCAAAAUUGACGGACAAGGGAAGCAACUGUCAAAAGUCAAAGGAUUCUUCAUUUCAAAAGGUGCAGGUUAAUGAACCCAAAGACUCUGGAUUAGAAAUGGAACUGCAGAAAGUAGCCUCUGCAAUCCAUGAACCAGGGCUGGACGCGAAUGACUUAAUGGACAUAGAGGAGAAUGAUGACACAGAUGAAACUCUCACCUCACUUCUGAAUGAAAUUGCAUUUCUCAACCAGCAAUUGAAUGAUGAUGCCUCAGACAUAUCAGAGCUUCCCAACUCCCUAAGCUCUGGGUUUUCUCUAGGAGAUCUGGAAAAUCGCCGGGAAUCCACUCCUGCAGGUGGCUCUCCCUUUCAGUUUGGUGCAAUGGGUGGGAGCUUUAAGGACCUUUCUAUAGUUCGAGAGAAUAGUGAUUCCAUAACUCCUCUCCUGCUUCAUUUGGAUGAUGAUGAUCUUCCUGAAGGAAACAGGAACUCAGGAGAGCUUUCAUCUGAAUCUGAUGCUUUGAAAAUCAUGCUAGGCUCUGAAUUAAAGGCCCCAAACCCUGACCUCUCAGCAGUAAAUAGUGGUGGAAGUGGAACAAAUGUGGAAUCUUUAGCAAAAACAAGAAGUGUGUCACCUCCCAUUCUACAGAUGAAAACUAACCUAGAAGCUGGCAACACCGACAUGACAUGGAGGCCCAUGCCCAAAUUGGCACCACUUGGGUUAAAAGCUUCUAACUUUCCAUUAGAUUCCGAAGGGCAGAAUACCAAGAUGAUGCCUUCAUUGGCGCCUGUUGCUGCAAAAGAGAUGAAAACUGCCCAGCCACUGACUAGUUCAAGUCAGGACCCAAAAGCAAUGCUCACAUUAGCACCUGCAGCUACAAAAUCAAAAUAGUAUUGUGGCUUUACCGUCCAAUACUUUUUGGUUAUUUAUUUUUGACUUUCCAGAGACUUUCAUAGUUAAUCUGGACCACUGAGCAUAUGGUACACCUCCAGCAUCUAGUUUCCUAUGUAGCAUGUGCAUAUAGUAUAACAAUUGUGCAUGUGAUUUAUGGGGUUUGAUGUUUCCGCUUGCUAUCGGAUGACAAAAAAUCAAGAGUAAGAGAUUAGCCAGAUAAAUAAAUCAUGCAGGUGCCCAGUUUGCCUGAUGUUAAUGUAGAACCAUUGUGAAAUAGGAUGAAGACCUUUAAUGAAUUAGAUAUUUUUCACACAGUUUGCUCUGGGAAGGAGAAACAGUACAGAACUGAGUUCUUUCCAGCAUGACAAAAUCUAAUUGAGUGAGAGUACUAAUUGCCUUGCUCGAACUCCAGAGGAGUUUUUCAUAAAUGGCAGGAAAGGUAGCAUAGUGCUCCUUACCUUUUUAUGACAGUGACAGGAUGCAUCUUUUAAAAACAAUUUUAAAUGUUUUUAGCAUUUCAAAAAAAAUAUUCAGGAAUGUAAAUGGUUUGUACACAUAUAUCUUACUGCAUUAUGAAUUUAGGAGCUCAGACUAAAGUAUUUGAGCUACAAGAUGUAUUUUUCUCUAAUGUCUCUUAAUUGAAGAAUUUGGGGAACCUCUUCACUUUUAAGCUAGUGAAUGUGAAGGGAUUUCAUACUAUUAAACAAUUUAUAUUUUUGUACACAGCUUCUUUCUGUAAAUAUGUAAAGUUAUGAACUUUCCAUCUAGGAAGAAAGUGUUAAUGGUUGUUUCCUAUCAUUAUUGUAAAUAAGAUUUUUUUUGAGAACUUGUGAAGCAUAUGCAUCCCCCAAUCACUUGUUAGAUGAAAUCUGAAAAUUGCUGCAUUUCCCUUAAUUAUACUAAUGAAUUUUGCAUAAUUGUAUUAUGGAAUGUAAAUCUCUGUUCUUGCUAUCCCAGCUAAAAAUUGUAAGGCUUCCUACCCCCUUGCUUUGGUUGACUCCUGUUAGAAGCUUCUGUGUCCUAUCACUGGUUGAGCUAGCUGGUGAGAGACCAUCUUCUGCAUAAGUAAAGAAAAUAAUUAGUUUCAGUUUCACUCAGACAGCAAAGCCUCAUGUAAUAUUCAUUAAGGCCCUCCCUCUCUUCACCUAUGUGUAAGUUGGCUAUAUUGGAACUCCAGGUAAUCGAUAGUUUCAAAAUUCUUUUUUGUAACUUUUUGACUAUGUACACACUGUAACCACUGCGUCUACAAUUUGAAACGGAAAACCCUGCAGAGGGACAGAAUGCUUUACAUUUUCUUUACUUCAUAAUGCUACAAAGCAAAAGGAAGCUUGAGGAGAAGUAGAUUCUAAACCAGAGUUGGGCAACUUGUAGACCUCCGGCUAUUUUUGGCCUACUAUUCCUAUCAGCCCUAGCCAGCAUAGCCAAUGGUGUGGGAUGAUGGGAGUUGUAGGCCAAACCAUCUAGAGAGGCACAUGUUGCCCACUCCUGUUCUGAACAGUAUGAUGGACAAAGCAGUUCAGUAUCUUUAGCUGUACACAUUACCUUGUCCCAUAUUUAAGCUCUCAUCUCUUACAUGCUUUACAGUAUUCUUUCAGUGCCUUAAGGUUUGGAAAGGAACCUAGCAUCUACAUGCUUGGUUAAAAUCUAUCCAGUCCCUCUAUUUCAGAGAUCAGAUUAUGAUGCAACGGUGUCAGGUAGAGUUGCUUAAACAAAUGAUGCUUUGUAGUUCUGCAAAGGUAGUUCAGUCUGCUGAUUUUCCUCCAUUGUGUGCAGUAACACCUCCAGUAUGCUAGAAGACCCACAAAAAUGUAGCAUUAGAGUAUACUUUUCUUUCUUUCCAUCACCUUCCACCAUUCCAGCUAUUAUUUGUUUGAUUUUGAGCCACAAAAACUCGGGGGGGGGGGGUUAAAAAAUCUCCGCAUUGGCUAGGAGUCUGACAGAGAAAUAGACUGUUAAAGAUAUUUCACUGUUUGUUAAAGUACUUGGUUGUUUUGAAAGGGCUGUGUCAUGAUUUAACAAAAGGCUAUGAAGAAUUAGAGGAAAUCUCUAUAUAAGCAAUCAAGUUUGGUUCAAACACAGAAUCCCUUUCUUCUAAUUAUGUCUUUCCAUAGUCCGCUUUGAUCCUGCAGUUGAAUGCUAAGUUCCAGAGUUUUUAAAAUUAGAAAUUCCUCCCAGGAUACAGUGCAUGUCUUUUGUUUCAGAGAUAGUCUUGAAAAUUAUGUAUACUUUUUACUCAAAUAACAAGACUAUGAAUUUUAUAAAUUUUGUAAACAAAUUAAUUUAAAACCCUUGCAAUGGGCAUACCUUCAUUUGACCAAGAUUCCUGGAUAUUUGAUUUUUAAUACAUCUGUAAAUAAGCUGAAAUGUUUUUAAGAAUAUAUUGAAAUGUGAGAUUUUGUUUUUACUGUAUAUAUAUAUUCCCUCUUUUUCUGUAUCUCCUGAAAAACUGGUAUUUUUGUAGACAUCUAACCAUAAAGCCUAUUUCAAUAACUAUGAGAAAGAAUCUGUAAAAUUAAAAUAGCCUUCAACUAGAA